AUGCCCUCCUUCCUCGCCGACGACGCCGACCGUGCUGCCUACCAGGCUUCCUACUCCCAAUACGCUCCCUCGUCGGCGCUGAGCGAGAAGCAACCCCCGCUGACCAACGGUGACUCCAAUGCCACUCAGCAUUACUCGACCACCCGCGUCUUGACCAACGGCACCUCCAUCUCGAGCCAGGCUUCGUCGCUGCCAAACGGUGGUCCCGUCGGCGGUCCCCACGACGACAAGAAGUCGCCCGGCCACUCCAUGGACACGGUUCGUGUCUCGCAUUCUGAGUCGACCCGAAACCAGCUGGACGGUGCGGACGCAGGAGGAAGACUGGGAACCCGCGACGACGGAUACUUUGCCGCCGUGCAGAACGGUGUCGCCGAGGACGGUUGUCUGACCACCCACGUGAGGCUUGAGCCGUCAUCGCCCCACGGAGACGGCCCUCAACCCGCCAGGACCGUCGCGCUAUCACCCACGCAAACCGCGCCCGAGCCGCCCGUCGCCCAGAGGAAGAACUCGACCGCCACCACCUCGAGCCACCCAGCUCCUGACCAGACCUUGCGCGUGCCUGGCUCGUCGACGCAUCGUCUCUCCUCACCCCCCGCAUUCGGCGGCAACCCGCCGGGCUCCUCAUCGACAGCCUCCACCGCCCAGGCCCCUGGACUGCAGCACCGCCACACCCUGGAGGUCCCCAAGGCAUCCGGCUACCGCUCCUCACGAGAGGCUCAGCGCAACUCGGACGACAUGGUCGUUUCGGCCACCGGACGCUUUUCUCCCAACACGCCCACCAAGAGAAGAGGCUCCAUGUCGCUGGUCAGGCGCACCACGCGCUCAAUGCAGUCGGAUAUGCACCUCGACGAAACCCAGGCCGACGAAGAUGCUGCUCGCUGGGCAGAGCAUAUUCGCCAGAAGAGAGCCAGCAAGAGAAAGAGGAAGGAGGAUGAAGAUGAUGACCGUGUGGUCGUGGGUACUAAGGUGGACCAGAACCACGUGAACUGGGUUACGGCCUACAACAUGUUGACCGGUAUCCGUUUCACCGUCUCGCGGACGAAUGCCAAGAUGGACCGGCCGCUUACCGAUGCCGAUUUCGAGGCCAGGCAUAAGUUCUCCUUCGAUAUCACUGGCAACGAGCUGACGCCGUCCGCCAAAUACGACUUCAAGUUCAAGGACUACGCACCCUGGGUGUUCCGCCAUCUGCGGCAGACGUUCAAGAUCGACCCUGCGGACUACCUGAUGUCGUUGACUAGCAAGUACAUUCUUUCCGAACUGGGAUCUCCCGGCAAGAGUGGAAGCUUUUUCUAUUUUUCGCGAGACUAUAAGUACAUCAUCAAGACCAUCCACCAUGCCGAGCACAAGUUCCUCCGGAGGAUCCUCAAGGACUACUACAACCACGUUAGGGAGAACCCCAACACGUUGCUUUCUCAGUUUUACGGUCUUCACCGUGUGAAAAUCCCCUACGGCCGCAAAAUCCACUUCGUGGUGAUGAACAACUUGUUCCCGCCGCACAGGGAUAUCCAUCGCACGUUCGACUUGAAGGGAUCGACCAUCGGAAGAGAUUUCAAGGAGGAGGAUUUGGAGAAGAACCCCAGAGCCACCUUGAAAGAUCUCAACUGGUUGAGGCGGAACCUGCACCUGGAGUUUGGACCUGUCAAGAAGCAGGCUUUCAUUGAGCAGAUGGACAGGGAUGUGCAGCUCUUGAAGAAGCUGAAGAUCAUGGACUACUCGCUCUUGGUUGGUAUCCAUGACCUGGAGAAGGGCAACGAGGAAAACCUUCGCGACAAGACCCUUCAGGUGUUCCAGCCCGGUGGAGAUGCUGCGGAGGAUCACAUACCCGAUCCUCUUCAGCGGACGCCCUCGAAGCUGGAAAACGCUCGGAAGGCAAAGGAGCUCCGCCAGAUCAUCAAGAACCAGAAGCCGAUUCCCAUGGACCAGAGCAGCAAUAAGAUGCCAGAUGACGUGCAGGAGACUCGGAAGCACUUCUAUUUCUACAGCGAUGAUGGGGGCUUCCAAGCCACCCACGAGAACAACACGCCCGGAGAGGAGAUUUACUACCUGGGAAUCAUCGAUUGCUUGACUCACUACUCUUUUAUCAAACGAAUGGAGCAUUUCUUCAAGGGCCUCACAAACACAGAGUCUCAAAUCUCCGCCAUCCCUCCGGAACGGUACGGCGACCGCUUCGUGCGCUUCAUCAGUGGUGUUACCAAGACGCGCGAGCUCGCCGAGCAGGAGAAACAACAGGGAGAGGUCAUAAACGACCCUGCAUUGAAGGGCGUUAACCUGCAACCCAACAAGACCGACGAGGUCAUGGAGAAGGCCGAGCACCAAGCGCAGAAAUCAAUUCGGCACGGCGCACACGAGGAUGAUGUGCCCGAGCGCGCCAUCCACCCGGCCCGUAGCCCUUCGGCGGAAAGAGGUGAGCCUCACGGGAGCAUUCUACCUGUCGUUGAGGAGGUCGGCGAGUCCGGAAGCGUCGGCGGCCGCAGCGCCCGCAGUCACGAAGCAUCUCCUCAUCUGCGUCCGAGCUCCGAGCUGCCCAUCAGGCCACCCCCUACGCCUCCCAAGGACAGCAGGGAUGAGGAUCAGCGGCCGCCUACUCCUCCCAAGGACGGCCGGUACCAGCCGCAGGGCUCGCCACCCACGCCGCCGAAGGAAGAGCGCGGCCGUUCCCAGGAUAAGACACUCCCGAUUCCGCCGCCGAACUUUGCCAGCACCUUCACCCGAAGCCCGUCCCGGAUGAAACCAGUGGACAUGGAGGAGAGAGUCGCAAGAGUGGAUGCGCGGGUCAACUAA